AUGUUGAGAUCUUUUUUGAUAUCAUAUAUUAUUUUCUGUUUUCAAUUAAUUACAACUGAACAAAUCGUUGUAUUCAAUAUUUUGGAUGAUGGUGCUAUUGGUGAUGGUAUUACCGAUAAUACACAAUCUAUUCGACAUACAUUUAUUCGAGCAACUAAUUAUAAUUUACCAUGUGUUGUUCUUAUACCAGCUGGUGAUUUUCUAACAGGUUCAUUACAAAUUUCAUCAAAUAUAUCUCUUUAUCUAGCUCGUAAUUCUAUUUUACGUGCAUCGGAUAAUGCAAGUUUAUAUUCAUGUAUUCCAAGUAUGACAAGUGAUACAGGUCCAUGUGACUAUCCAUUUUUACUUGUUGAUCAUGCACAUCAUGUUUAUCUUGAAGGUGAAGGUCAUAUUGAUGCUGGUGCAAAUAGUCCACCAGGUCAUCUCGUACGUGAAUAUCGAGAAUCAUCAAAUAUGCUUAUUCCUACUGAAUGGACUUUACCAAAUUGUUCCUAUUACAGUUGUCGACCAAAAUUACUUAUCAUACGAUAUAGUUAUUCAAUCGUAUUGACAAAUAUAACCAUAACAAAUUCUCCAUUAUGGACAGUAACUGUUGUUGAAAGUGAUAAUGUUCUUUUUAAUAAUGUUACAAUAAUUGGUGAUCGUCGUUGGCCGAAUAAUGAUGGAAUCGAUUUAAUUAAUUCUCGUAAUAUUAUUAUACGAAAUUCAAAUAUAUCAACUGGUAAUGAUUGUAUUGCUAUUAUAUCACAUGAUUCAUCAUCUAUGUAUAAUAUUACUGUUGAAAAUAUGGAUUUAGAAAGUACUUCAGCUGCUAUUAAAGUAAGCUCUUUUGAAGCGAAUUCUACUGGUGAUAUGUAUAAUAUGAUAUUUCGUAAUAUACGUAUAGCAAAUACAAAUCGUGGUUUAUGUUUAGCACCACGUUGGGGAUCAGGUAGAAUAUCAAAUCUUUUAUUUGAACAAAUGUAUAUAGAAACACGAUUUUUUGGUUUGGAUUGGUGGAGUUCAGCUGAACCAAUAUAUGUAACAUGUCUUUCGAUGAGUGCCAAUCGACAAUGGACAGGAAUAUUAAAUAAUGUUACUUUUCGAAAUAUAAUUGCUAAAGGUGAACAAGGUAUCAUAGUUCGAGGAAAUACAAGUAUAUUACAAAAUAUUCAUUUUGAAAAUAUUUCACUUGUAAUUAAUAGAUGGAGUAAUGUUACUGAACAUCCAUCAUAUGAUUAUCGUCCAUCACAAGAACCACAAAUGAGUUGGGCAGAAGUUGAUGGAAUUUUUGCUUUAGAUAUUAAUGAAUUUUAUCUACAAGAUAUAAAUAUUGAAUUUAACCAACCUAAACAAUAUUAUUAUGGACAAUGUUUAAAUUUGAGUAAUAUUACACAAAUGGUAAAAGUUAAUGUUCAAUGUUGA